GGUGACGGUGAGGAGGAGGAGGAGGAGGAGAAGGAUUUGGUGCAGCAGCAGCUCUGCAACGAGGCCAAUGCUACGAAACAAGCGACGACACCGCGUCGUAGAGAGAGAGCGAGAUAGAUACAUAGAUGGAUAGAUAGAUAGAUAGAUAGAUAGAUAGAGAGAGAGAGAGAGAUAGUUGCAUGGAUGGAUUGCUAGUUCGAUGGAUUCUAUGUUUGGUAGAUUGCCGCUGCGCCCUCCAUAAAAAAGUUCCCGCCAUCACACCAUGCCGGCCUCUCUCUCCGCGCUCCUCUUUCUUUUCCGUUGAUACUCCGCCGCUCGGUACUUAAUCUUGUUGCGGUCUCUCUGUGUGCGACCGUUUGAGACGAGUGUUGUACAGUUUCAGCUCUCUCGUGUGAGCCUAGGCACUUUGGUCUUGGUUGCGAAUCGGUCGUGGUGUGGUGACACGAAGGAAAGAUGUUGGAGUUGAGGCUUGUGCAGGGGAGUUUGCUCAAGAAGGUGUUGGAAGCUAUAAAAGAUCUGGUGACCGAUGCCAACUUCGAUUGCUCAACGACAGGCUUCUCAUUGCAAGCCAUGGACUCCAGUCAUGUUGCACUGGUUGCAUUGCUUCUCAGAUCUGAGGGCUUUGAGCAUUAUCGUUGCGACCGUAACAUCUCGAUGGGCAUGAACCUUACCAGCAUGGCCAAGAUGCUUAAGUGCGCUGGUAACGACGACAUCAUUACUAUUAAAGCCGACGAUGGCGGUGAUUCUGUCACUUUCAUGUUUGAAAGCCCUAAUCAAGAGAGAAUCUCUGACUUCGAGAUGAAGCUGAUGGACAUUGAUAGCGAGCACCUUGGAAUACCUGAAACUGAGUAUGAAGCUAUCGUGAGAAUGCCAUCUUCAGAGUUUGCCCGUAUAUGCAAGGAUCUCAGUACAAUUGGUGAUACAGUUGUUAUCUCUGUGACCAAGGAAGGAGUGAAAUUUUCCACUGGGGGUGACAUUGGGAGCGCAAACAUCAUCUGCAGACAAAAUACUUCAGUUGAUAAGGAGGAGGAGAAGACCGUGGUGGAGAUGCAGGAACCUGUUACCUUGACAUUUGCCUUGCGCUACUUGAAUUCUUUCACCAAAGCUACACCACUAUCUAGCACCGUCACGUUGAGCAUGUCUAAAGAGCUUCCUGUAGCGGUGGAGUAUAAGAUCGCAGACAUGGGUCACAUCCGGUUCUACCUUGCGCCUAAGAUAGAGGAAGACGAAGAGAUGGCAUCCUAAAUCAAGUUUUUUUCGCAUCCACUUCCUGAGGGUCUAGAGAUUAGAAGUGGUAAACCUGUAAAUGGCAGUAGACGCGAUUCGAAUUGUCUGUCCCAUCAGCCAGGUGGGCCAAAUUCAUGGCGUGAUCGUUCGAUCUCAUCAUGUUCACUGAUUAUCAAGACGUUUUUUUUUUUUCUUUUCAACUCGAGACUCGAAUCUUAAGAGGCUCUUUCGACUAUUCUUUUGCCUAUCCUGUCGAAAUAGUGACCAGUACAAAGUAUUUUAAGCCCAUGUUCUGGGUCAAUUCGUAACAUACCAUGGACACUACCUUGUUACUCUAUUUUGAAGUGCCGAGAUUUGACACGUGUUGAAUAGUUUAUGAAAUCAGUUUACAAUUUCCGUCAGACCUCAGGUAUUUCUAAUGAGAAGUUCUGUGUCUGAGAAGCUUGAAGCGGCUAAUGAAGGAGAAAUGGAAAGGAAAAAAAAAACGUCUUCUUGUGUUGUAUA